GUAACUCUGACUCUCCCUCUCAUCUCUGACAGGAGCGCCGCACUUCUGCAAACUCAAUGGCAGAACAGCGCGGAAAUCCCUGUCCGGUCCCGAGCCGGCCCCAUACAGGCAGAAACGACCAGCCGGCGGGCGAGCAACCCAUAGGUCCCGCAGAGCUGCCCAAAGAGCUGAGAAACCCCCGCAGCAACCGGGCUAAAUCCAAAGAGCACAAGCGUUUAAACGCGCAGAAACUCGUGCUGCAGUACGUGGUCCCGUGCAUGAACUCCUACGGCUUGUGUAUAAUCGACCGGUUUCUGGGGGACCGGAUCGGGGAGCGCGUUUUGCAGGAGGUCCGGCGCAUUCACCAGAGCGGUGGCAUGCAGGACGGCCAGCUGGCGAGCCAAAAACUGGACAAAAGCAAAGCUAUUCGCGGAGACAAGAUUGCGUGGGUCGAUGGCACCGAAAGCAGCUGCCAAAAUAUCGGCUAUUUGCUGACCCGCAUGGACAAAGUGAUCACGUGCGCGGACGGCAGACUGGACAAGUUCAAAAUCACAGGCAGACACAAGGCAAUGGUGGCUUGUUAUCCUGGAAAUGGAGCUGGAUAUGUGAAACAUGUAGAUAACCCUAAUGCUGAUGGCCGCUGCGUCACCUGUAUUUACUAUCUGAAUAAAAACUGGAAUGCCAAGGAGCAUGGGGGAUUGCUGAGGAUCUUUCCUGAAGGGAAACCUUACGUAGCCGAUAUUGAGCCUUUAUUUGAUCGACUUUUGCUUUUCUGGUCAGAUCGCAGGAAUCCUCAUGAAGUUCAGCCAUCGUAUGCUACGAGGUAUGCAAUCACUGUGUGGUACUUUGAUUCAGAGGAAAGAGCUGAAGCAAAAAGAAAAUAUAUUACAGCCAUCUCACAGGAAAGUUCAUCAUCUUAACGUCUAAACACCCCUGCCCAUCUUGGAGAGGAUUUCUUCUUUCUUUUUUAAUGUAGAUAUUUUUGCACUGCUUGUUGCACUGAUGGUACCUCUCCCCCUCACUUUGUUUUUGUGAUCUAUUUGGUUUGAAUCCGGUCCUUAAAACUCAUUGAAGAGUCAUCUGAAUAACCCGCUGCUAAUGUCGUGAGAAAUGUGAGAAUCUUAAUACUAUUAGAUGUUUAUUGUAAUUGAGUUUGUAUUUCUUAAAGAGAACAGAUACGGUCUAGAGAAUUAUUUAAAGGAAAUUGAAUAGAUGAGAAAUAUAACACUAGUUUUUAUUUGCAGAAAUGUCAACAAGCAAUAUAGAUAUUUUUUUUCCAUACACGUCCCGAUUUGUUAUAUGCUGUUAUGUUGCAGUUUUUUGGCACAUAUUUUACCGUUCUUUGCACAAGUGAUGAACACUUCGAUUGAUGUUUGAAAUGAUCGGUUGACUUGAAGUUGUGCAUAUAUAGAUGCUUUAUAAUUGUGAUGUUGAAUGAGACUCUUUCAAAUGGAGUCAUUCUGUACUGUGUUCACAAAGAGGUCUUUAAAAAGCACUUAGUCGAAUGAUAUUGAUAUUUUUGUUCAGUCCCAGUGUGAGCGUUUAAUCAGCUUGCAUGCAGGUCAGCAAUGCUGCUCAACCACACCCUUGGAUCAAUAUCAUUUGACCGUUGUUUCAGUAAAUAUUACAGCUUUAUAAAAUGUUUCUUUGACAGAAUUUGAUACGAUCUUUAUCUUGAAGUGUGUGAGCAGUUUGGUUCGUGUACUGUACUCAAACUGAGGUUUUUGACUGUAUGAAAUGGCCAAACUAAACAAUAUGAACGUGUUGAAAUGAUUAUCUACUUGUUUGUAUCAUGUUGUUCUGUUUCAGAAAUAAAGUUGUUUCUUUGGGCCAUGAUUUAA